UUCCUCCCCGCGUGCGGGACGGUUUGCUCUCGGGCGGGUUACAGAGGGAGAACCGGACCGUCCUUGAGCGUCCGCGGAGGAAAGGAGAUGCCGCCCUGAAGUCCGACAGGUCUGCGCCCUGGGCCUGCGCCCCCGCCUCCCCGCCUCCCCGGGGUGACUGGACCUCGGUGCCAUGGAGCCGGCGGCUUCCCUUCGCGUCUCCCCGCCGGACCCCCGGCUCUUCUUCCCCCUCCUCGGCCUGUCUGCGCUGGUCUCAGCCCAGUUUACAGUCGUGGGACCGGAUGAGCCCAUCCUGGCCAUGGUGGGAGAACACACGGUGCUCCGCUGCCACCUGUCGCCUGAGAAGAGCGCGGAGGACAUGGAGGUGCGGUGGUGCCGGGCUCGGCUCUCCCCGGCGGUGCUGGUGUACAUGGGCGGGCGCGAGAGGCCCGAGGAGCAGAUGGCACAGUACCGCGGACGGACCACCUUUGUGAGCGAGGACAUUAGCAAGGGGAGGGUGGCCCUCGUCAUUCACAACGUCACAGCCCACGACGACGGCGUCUACCGCUGCUAUUUCCAGCGAGGCAGGUCCUACGACGAGGCCGCCAUGCGCCUGGUGGUGGCAGGCCUGGGCUCCAAGCCCCUCAUUGAGAUGAAGGACCAUGAGGAUGGGGGCAUCCGGCUGGAAUGCACGUCGGAAGGGUGGUACCCCGAGCCCCACGCAGUGUGGAGGGACCCGUAUGGUGAGGUCACGCCCGCCCUGGAGGAGGCUUACGCCCAGGAUGCUGACGGCCUCUUCAGGGUCACCUUGGCCGUGAUCACGGACAGCUCCGUGAGGAACAUGACCUGCUCCGUCAACAACACGCUGCUCGGCCAGGAGAAGGACUCUGUGAUCUUCAUCCCAGAACCCUUGAUCCCCAGCUCAUCUCCCUUCCCCUGGAUGGAGGCCCUGGCAGUUGUCCUGCCUGCUCUGCUCCUCCUCAUCAUCAUCCUCGGCAGCAUCUGUCUCAUCAGGAAACUCCGCAGGAGAAAAGAAGCUCUGGCCCUGGAAAAAGACCUUGAAAAUAAACAGAAAGAAAUGGCUCAGCAACUUCAGGAAGAAUUGCGAUGGAGAAGAGGCCUCCUACAUGCUGCCGACGUGGUCCUGGACCCCGAGACCGCGCACCCCGAGCUCUUCCUGUCCGAGGACCGGAGGAGCGUGCGGCGGGGGCCCUCGCGGCAGAGUCUGCCAGACACCCCCGAGCGGUUCUCCUGCCGGCCCUGCGUGCUGGGCGCCCCCAGCUUCUCCGAAGGCCGGCACUGCUGGGAGGUGGAGGUGGAGCGCGCCAUGGCCUGGUCCGUGGGCGUCUGCGCGGCGGGCGCAGAGCGGAGGGGCGAGGGGCCGCUGGCCCCCGGGCACGGCUUCUGGACCCUGGAGAUGUUCGAGGGCCGGUACCGCGCGCUGGCCUCGCCCGAGAGGGUGCUGCCCCUGAGGGGGCGCCUGCGCCGCGUGGCCGUGUUCCUGGACUACGAAGCCGGGGACGUGUCCUUCUACGACGCGCGGGAGCGCGCGCACCUCUACACCUGCCCGCGCGCGUCCUUCUCGGGGCCCCUGCGCCCCUUCUUCCGCCUGGGCUCCGACGACGGCGCCCUGUCCAUCUGCCCCGCGUUCGCCGGGGCCCAGGGCGUCCCGGUGCCUGAGGGAGGCCUGGUCCUGCACGGGGCGAGGACCGAGCGCAGCCACCAGUUCCCUGGCCUCCGAGGAGAGUAGGGGAGCCCUGGCCGCCCCUCCUGCCACGCACCCGCUGUGGUCACAUCGGAGACCCCCUUCCGAGGCCCCGCCCGCACCCCAGGCCGUCUCCCCACUGAGGCAGUUGCUGCAGCCGCUCAUUUGCCGGUCACCAGGGGGCAGGGGCCAGUCCCGGGGGCAUCAGGGCUCCGGGUGGCCCCCAACCAAAGAAAGUGCUGGGCGGCGACGGGCGGAGAGCCCGCUGCGGUAGCAUCAGGUGACGCGUGUGGCCUUGAACCCGAGUCCACACCAGGCACCGUGGACUCGCCGUGAGGCCAGCAGGUGCCCCAGGACCUGAGAGGACGGAAAGCCACCCUUGGAGGUCAGGGAUGAGGAAGCGGGACGGCGGGCUGGGAGGGGCCCGGCCCUCGGGUGGCUGAGCCGGCUCAGGAGGGCCCAGGGUCCCAGCACCUGCAGGUCCAGCCCGCCCACCCCCCGGUUUGCAGCCCACACAGCAAAGCUCCCAGGCUGAAAGGACGGAACAGACACAGGAUGAAAGACGAGGAUCUGUGGGGAUCGGGCCUGGCUCAGGUGUCCCCACCAAAAUCGAGGGGGCAGUACCCGGUCAUGGUCGCGGAGAGCGGCCCGGGGUGUAAGGCCCCAGCUGAGCAGGUGAGCAGUGAACCAGUUCAUCGCAAGGCCUCGGUUCAGCGGGGAGGCCGCUGGUUUCCAGCUUCUUGGCCUCAGGAUGCCUUAUUCACGAAAAAUGACCGAGGCCCCAGAGGGCUUUUGCUCAUUUUUGCUGCUGAUAUUUGCUAUAUUGGACUGAAAAGCUUCGAAGAAGUCUGUCAAUCUAUAUUUAUGUGACAGCUAUAAACGGAUUAAGAUUAACAUAACAUGUUUUUGUGAAAGAUGACUUGUUUGCAAAGCAAAAUAAAU